AUGGCCGAAACAGGAACACGGUCAAACGCGGAAGAGGUCGCGCACGAUGACCUCUGCCCUUGCAACCAUCUGCUAUGUGCGUCAUGCAUGGCACAGUGGUCCGACGCCUCCAAUACAAAUCGCAUCGAACAUUCAAGCUGGGACGUGAACCUCGCAGACUUCGACCCAAAUUAUGAUCCCACGUAUGACCUUGAAGCAAACUGUCCCAUGUGCAGGACUCGCACCACUGCGGCCCCGGAUAACGCGCUGGCGAGGCAGUUGGAACACAAGUAUCCCGUCACAUAUGCCGAGAGACGGGUAGAGGAGGAAGAGGACAGGGGAUCGCGCAUCGGGCGUGAUGGUUUUGAGGGUGUCAUGAUCCUCAUAGGCAACAAGCACAGGCUUAUCAGGAACCCCGGCGAUGACAAUGAGCACGACUGGACGUUUUUUGUGCGUACAUCGAGACCGGACUUGAUCAAGGAAGUACACAUCCAUCUGGUACGUUCCCGAGUCCUGUUCCAGUCAAGACAAGGCUCGGCAUUCAAUAUCACGAUGCCAAGGUCUCCCCGCACAGAGCGUCUAGUAAGCCCAAGGGGAGUUCGACAGGAUCUCGGGAAGGAUCAAACGGGCGCAUGA